GUCGUAAGUAAUCGUUUAUUUUUCUCGUGUAUCGUUAAAUUACUUCAGUCCAAAGUGACGAAGAAGCUUGGAGAUAAAGUCAUUUCAAACACGUGCCUAUACGUCUUUUUUCACAAACAGUCCCACAAUUUCCUUCACAAGUCACGUUUUUGCACACAACCCCCAAAUAAAACAUGCUGUACAGCCCUCCACUCGGUUAAUGCUCCUAUAAAUAGCCCCAUGAUGAAUGUAUUCAUUUUCACCAGUGGCCAGACACGGAAAAGCGCCGCGGGGUCAGAACUUGUCUCCAUCUCAAAUAAUUUUUAAGAGCAAAGCACUUUUUCUUUUUUGUUUGGCUGACUCAAGAUGAACACACGCGCAUGAGGCUCCGUGUUGGUGUGUGCGUAUCUCUCCUCGCUCUCUGACGCACGAGUCAGGUGGUUCCUCUAAUAGCAUGAAGAGCUGUCCGCGGUGCUGAAACCAGACUCCCACCGCGAGACAGACAGGGAGAUGCUCAGUUCACUCACGAGCCUCGAUAGAAACUAAUUACAAAGGUAAGACCUGGUUAUCAACGAUUGAAUGACCCACUUAACCAAACUCUAAAUGUGUUUCCUAUCGGGGGGGUUUCUUUUCAGAUACUUUGCCUCUUGCUUUUGUGACGGGAGGCUGUUUGCCAACCUGAUGCACCGACACAGAUGUAGAGCGGAAGAGGUUGCGUUGCGUUGCGCGUCGCUUCUUUGUUCUCAUCCAGCAUCAAAUCAAGCAGAUUUGCUUUCUUUCUUGCUGUUGCUCUAAGGCGCAACUUUUCUUUCGAGAGCUAGUUAAACAAUUAUAGGAGUUCGGUGAUUUAAGUCGAGGAUACUGUAGCCUAAAUGAACAAGUAGGGUCCGUAAAAUCUACAUUAAAUCGUUGUAAUACCUCUUUAGAGCAUUUUUCCUUUACUAAUUAGUGCAUUUUGACAUUUUGCAGGCAUGUUCCAGCACGCGGAAUUUCUCCAUCAUUCAGAAACUGGAUUAUUUUUUUAAAAGGAAAAUGUUUGAUAUGAAUCAAAGGGAGCUAAAACUAUACUAAUUGGAUUUAGAGGUGUUCCGCAGGUUAAACGAGCUGCUCCAUUCAGCCUUACCGGGUUACCUUGACAACAGCGGGGCCGUGACUCACGGGGAGCAGCAAUUUGACGACUAAUGAGAUUUGCACGAGCUGCAUGCCGCUGCUAUUACCGCUGCUGGCAAACAGGCGGCAAGAGUCCGGGGAUGUUCAAACAGCAGCAGCAUGGAGAGGGAACACACUCGCACACCAACACACAGCCUCCUAAACUGGGGAAUUUGUGUUUUUCAAAUCGUUUCAAUCGAUAAUUUUAAAAAGUUUGCUCAUGCAGCCUUCAAUUUUGAUCAAAUACAAACUACAGGAGCAAAAAACAGAGAAAUGCAAAAGGUAGGUUAUAAGAAUUUAGUGACUAUUAAAGACUAAAAACAGUUAAAUACGGUUUAUUUGACAGAAAUGUGGCAGAAAUUGCUGCUAUGAGUGUUCAGUCUGUUGUAGCAGAUGGCUGCACAUAUGAGGUUUCUGGCUGUUAAAGGAAGCAUACGCAGUUUCUCAUGACGCAUUGACGCCGAGGAUCCUUAGAAAAAAAAGUUACAGUAUAGACCUGGUAUUUGUGUAAACCUUUUCUUUAAGUUUGGCACUAUAUGAUUAACAGAUGAUUAAUUAUGCUGAGGAUGCUUAGAGUAACUUUGUUUGUGUCGAUUUUGGCACCCCCCGUUGGCAAAGAUAUGAAUCUGAUCACUCUGAUGCGCGUGCAACAGUUGAAUGUAGCAGUCAAUGUUAACAUUUGCUUUUUAAAAUGUCGAAUAUGCAGCCUCUUUAGCAUGUUAGUACUUGUAACUCCUGUUGCUGGUGAUCAGUUUUUACUUUUUCAGGUCAAAAGGUGAUCAGUUUGAAUUCAACUCUAUUUGACCGUGUUCAAAAACUCCUCAGAGCAGCUUUAAAAUCAAAAUAUUCUGAUCAAUGGCGGCACAAAUGUCAUAGAUACCCUGAUAUCCUGUUUUCAGAUCAGCCUAAAUGUCUCUGCUCUGCAAUCUUAUCAUCAGACCAGACAUUUAAAGUGAUGAUAAGCGCUAAAGACAUUUCAGAAAUGCCAUUGUGGAAACUGUUGCGAACAUGUUAGCUCCGUGUUUAAAGGUCAGUGUUGACGGCUUUCUCUUCCUCUGCAGGCGUAACCAUGCCAUCACUCCACAAGACCUCCACCACAGGCAGACCUUUGCUCCUCUGCUUCACCAACCUCCUCUUGAUCCACCUCUACCUCAAUUCCCCCUGUGUGGGCGUUCAGGGAGCCUCCCUCAGAGAGCACAGACUGAGAGGCAGCGAACCCGACUCUCCGAGAGGAGGAAAUGUCCGCCACGCUCCAAACGCCGACAUGCUCAGAGCUUUGCAGUACAUCGAAAACCUCCAUCAGAGGACAGGCAUGGACACCCAGCAGCGACCCUCUCUCAGUGCAGGCUACAACGUACCGGAUGAUGCAGAGAAGCUGCGCGCCAUGCUGAGGCUGGCCUCGAACCCUGCACAGAACAAUGAUGAACAGGGGAAAGAGGAAGAGGAAGAUGAAGGAAGGGAGGAUAAGAGUGAAGAGCUGCUCCAGGCUGUGCUCAGCACCCUCCAACAAACAGAAAAGGCCUCCAGACCGACCUCGCUUCGCCCUACCAUGCAGCAGAGUCAGCGUGGCAUCAGGCCUCACAGGAAGCUGCCACUCAUGUUUGAGGAUGAGGAGGAGGGUGAGAGGGAUGAGGAUGAAGAGGGAUCAGAUCUGGAGCACGAAAGCCCCUUUAAGCGCACUAAUGAGAACGUGGAGGAAAAAUACACGCCUCAAAAUCUGGCGACCCUGCAGUCCGUGUUUGACGAACUGGACAAGCUUACAAGCAUGAAGCCCAUGAAUAAACGUCAAGAUGAAGAAGAGGAGGAGGAGGAGGAGAAUAACGGCGAGGAAGAUGAUAAUAUAUUCAAUGUGAGAGAUGUGGAUCUUGCAGACUGGGGUCCCUUACAAGAGCAGGAGGAAGCAGAAGAGGAGGAGGAGGAGGAAGAGAGGGAAAACAAACAAGAGGCAAACAGAGGACUCGACUACAUGGGCGAUGAGGAGAAUGAUGAUGAAGAGGAGGAUGACGAAAGCUACCCGGUUAAAAGGUCAAAGGAUCCUGAUGAUGUUGCAAACCUGGUGGACUAUUACCUGCUAAAGGUACUGGAGAAAACAGAGGAAGAGGAGCAGAAACGGGAGAUCGAAGAAGAGGAGGAGGAGGAGGAGGAGGAGAGGAGGGCGGCUCAGAUGCAGGUCAGCGAAAACAUAGAUCCACGAGCUGUUUACCAGCUCAUCCAGAUCUCCCAGAAGUACCAGAUCCCACCUGAGGACCUGGUGGACAUGCUCAAGACAGAAGAAAACACAGGAGAGUCACCAUUAUUCAGAGCAGAAAACAAGCUCCCUCAGAUGUCCUUAACGAAGACGCGCAAGAUCCCUGAAGCCAAACUCUACAGCAGACGCUUCCCCGAGAGACAGAAGAGCCCAGAGGAGCUGAGGACGGAGGAGAUACUGAAAAUCCUGGGGUUAGGGGGCGUGGAGGAUCAGACUCCUACCAGGAAGCAGUACAAAAGCGCUACAUCACGACUGCACACUCAGCCGGCGAGGAGUUCGAGGGAACCCUCUCCCAUGCAGCAACAGCAGCAGGGGCGACGCCUCUUCCCCGGCGCUUCAAAGGAUGACUAUGACGACAGCGUGGACGAGGAUGAGCUGGCGGCGUACUUGGCAGCUCAGAUGCUGGCACAGUAUCCGAACCCUGUGUUCAGUAAGAGCAACAUGAAGCAGAGUCAAAAGCGGGACGAGGCUGAACAGAGCACGGCGGGCUCUUUUGAGCAGGCGAUACAGGAUUAUUUUGAUCAGAUGGACUUGGAGAAAAGUUCAAAUGAAAAGAGACAGACUGAAGAUGACCAGAGGAGAGAUGAAACGCAAAUGCAAGGCUUUGAUAACGACGCCCUGAUGAAAUUAUUGAGCUACCUGAACCCAGAAACAGAGGAAAGUGACACCAAAACUGCCCGGGGAAUCUGAAAAGGCUGUAGAUACAUAUACAUAGAUACAAAUAUAAAUAUAUAUAUAUAUUUAGUUUGAUGGAGGGAGAGGGUGAAAUAAAGUAUUUUGAAGAAUAACAACAACAACAAAAUGCAGUCGACUUGAGUUAUUCUGUUGUUUUACAAAACAUCUUAUUUAUUAAAUAUGAGUGUUCAGACAUUCAGUGGAAGCUUUUUUAAUGAGUUUGUUGCUCAACACAAAAAAACAGUACAUGUGACUCACCAGCCUUACCUUUAAACAAUACACACACACACACGCACGCACACACACACUCACUCACACACAGCAGAAACCAGUGUUGGACCCCCUGAUUCACUUGUGUCUUUUUGGUAACUCUUUCUAAAUGUGGUCAUAUGUGACAUACCUGAGGUUAAUAAAGCAUUGACUUUAUUUUUCCUUACUGUGUAGUGAUUCUUCAUUUACUCACUAUCACAUGGUGCAUCAGUAAAAGCAUAACAACACAUUCAAAUGAGACUUUCUCAGCUGUAAAACUCGGAUAUUAUAAAUAUGAAUCUCUAGAGGCACUAUGAGAUGAAAAUGAUUUUAAAACUUUUUGUAAAAAUGUGACUUUUUUGCUAAUAAGUCGCUAAAUGAAAACAAUGCAGAGUGAUGAACCUUCAAGUCCUGAAAUGUGGGACAUCUUCACUUCUCCUGGCUCAGUAUGCAGGUUUGCUCAUGUACUCCUCCAUCGUCUGCAAAAACACAGACACAAAAACACUUAUUUCAUGGGAUUAAUUAAGGUGUAAACAUUUUAAAUGAUGAAUGCUUAUAAUCACUAAUAAGAGUUGUUAUAAAGCUUUACAGAUGCAUCUAAAAGGCUUUCUAAAUGUGCUUAUCAUGCAUUAAGAGAGACAUCAGAGACCAGCCUUGUCAAAUAUUUUUGCAGGUACAUGUGUUUUUCUCAUCCCAAUUAAAGCUGUGUGUUUUUAA